AACACGUGGCGCGUGGAUUUUGUGGCAGUUGGACAUAUUGUAGUGACUGUAGGAAGUCACAUUGCAGGUGACAUUGCUCCCCCUGCAAAACCCUAAAACGAGAAAUGCUACUACAAACAUGGUGGUUUUCAGGUCCUUCAAUGCCCUAAUAAAAAACAACAAGAGAUCCAGAACUUUCCUCACUGCUACCGCCGCCGCCUCCACAAUCCCUCUCCAGUAUUUCCCUCUCUCGCGCUCUCUCUCUCACCCUCUUUUUCGCUUGCCUUCUUCGACUCCCUCUCGCUUCCUCUCCCCUCUCUCCAAAUGGAUCACGCCCUUUCAUGGUCCUCUCUUCCUUUCUUUUCCUCCCUGGAAGCUCUCCCAGUCCGCCACGCCUCUAUACCUCCAGGGCAACGCUGUCGUUUUGCGCAGGGUCCAGGCCCUCAACUUGAACCUCAAUCUUCUCAGAAGCAGGACCGCUUUUCCCAUCAAGUUGAGCCUCGGGUCCGCCUCGCCCGGGCAGGCCGUGUUGGAUCGGGUCGAACCGUCCAAGGAGCAUGCUGACGCUUUUGUGGAGAGUUUCGUGAACUUGCCGAAUUUGAUCUCCGUGAGUCGGUUGCUAUCCGGUCCAGUGCUUGGAUGGAUGAUCACGAAUGAGUGGUAUUCUGCGGCAAUGGUGGGAUUGGCUAUCUCAGGGGCAACUGACUGGCUAGAUGGAUACGUGGCCAGGAAGAUGAGAAUUGAUUCUGUAGUGGGUUCCUACCUUGAUCCCCUCGCUGACAAGGUUCUUAUUGGAUGUGUUGCUUUGGCAAUGGUACAUAAGGAUCUUCUGCACCCUGGACUUGUUGGACUUGUGUUGCGAGAUGUUUUUCUCAUUGGUGGUGCAGUGUAUCAAAGAGGCAAUAGCUUUGGUUGGGAGUGGAAAAGUUGGUUUGAUUUCUUCAACCUUGAUGGUUCCCAUCCCCAAAAGGUCGAGCCUCUCUUUAUUAGCAAGGUUAAUACAGUGCUCCAGUUGGUUUUAGUGGCUGGAGCUCUUCUUCAACCCGAGUUUGGAACCGAAGAUACUCAAACAUAUAUCACGUAUUUGAGUUGGUUAGUGGCUUCAACAACAGUGGCUUCCACUGCAGCAUAUGGAGCGCAACACAUGCGGAACAGAUCUGCCAUGAUCAGUAGGAAAUCUUAGUAUGGAUCUCUGCGUUGUAAAGAACUGAUGAACACCCAUCGGGUCUAUAGUAUUUCAAUGGACAGCACCGUUUAAAGAUAGGGCGAAGUAACGGUAGCAGCAUUUGUGGGAGCUGGGAGUGUUUGGAGGGAGAGCUCAAUUCUCAUUGCCAACAAAGAAAUUUGUGCGUGUAAAUUAUAUACUCGCAUUGGCAAAUUUAUGAUAAAGAGUGAUAAUAAAAGAUAUAGGGUUUUCUUCUCUGUUGAGAAAGUUCUUAAAGACUUCUGAGCCCUGGAGUUUGAAACAGUUAAAAAGAAGUGCCUCAAGUCAUUGCCAUUUGACUCGGACCUGUUCUUAAAAAAAAGGCAAUUUCGAAUUGUUUGAUGACACGGACCACUACAAUCAAUCUGAACCUUUGAUGAUAAACCAGACUUCGGUUUCGAGUC